AUGCCGUUAACAGUUCUCAAUGGCCCUGAUGUUCGGUCCCUGCUUCUGUCGUUGACCCGGCAAGAGGUCCGGGAAAUACAGGAUAAGGUGGCCAGCGUGCUACGGGAAUAUUCCAGAGGAGCUCAAGACGAGUUGGGCCAAGUACAGCAGCAUAUGGUAAUUCGACAACAAGAUGGACUAGAUUCGAUUCUAAUGCCCCUACACUCGGGAGGUGAUGCAGGGUUUGAGGUGAUGAAUGUUCUUGAGGGAAGCGGACAACAGAGAAGACAGAGUCAACCGGCGUCAAUACCCUCCCCAAGGAGGACUUCAAAUCCGGGGGAUAAUCAAGGAUCGAUCGCAUCUGUGCCACCGGAAAUAGAGAGCUCUCCCUCUGUGCCCUCACAGAGAACGAUAGAAGAGCAUCCUUCCACGGCUAAUUUCGACAAGACCGCCAACACGGAGAGUGCUCGAGAUUUCCGAUCUGGCUAUCUUACAAUAUCCGACUCUUUUGGAAUGCCAGCCGCCCUAAUUAAUACGCAAGAUGUUAUCCCAUUUCGCUCCGCCUUAUGCUCCUCUCUGGUAUUUGCGAGGCGAGAGAAAGUAGAGGCCAUCACUAUCUUUGGCGCUGGCCGUGUUGCCUUCUGGCACAUCCGUCUUGCUCUUCUACUCCGGGGCAGCCAAAUCAAAAAAGUCGAUAUUUUCAACCGUUCGUUUGACCGUGCAAGCAAACUCCUACGUGAUAUCUACUCGCCUGAACAGAUGCAAUGGCGAUCCGGCGUUAAAUUCGCAGCUGUCAGCCCUAGUUUUAUAGACUACGAUCGAGACUUGAAGCACAGUGUGACAAACGCGGACGUUAUAUUCUGCUGCACAUCCUCGAAGGAGCCACUCUUCCCAGCAGAUUAUCUGAUUAUGCCUCCUACAAGCCAGAAGGGCCAACUUAUCAGUGCUGUUGGGUCAUGCCGGCCAGAUACGGCGGAGUUAGAUCCCCUUCUUCUCAAGCAUGCUACGGAGGGCCACCGGCACUACCGCGGCGGUACGGUCGUGGUGGAUACCCUGGAUUCUUGUCUCCAGCAGGCAGGAGAAUUAGUCCAGGCUGGGCUUGACCCUCUUCGCCUGGUGGAGGUUGGAGAACUUCUCAUGGUGAACGAUUUCGCUCAGCGUGGCAAAUCACCUGAUGAGAAGCUUUUGGACUGGAUACAGGAUGGCGAUGUCAUAUAUAAAAGUGUUGGCCUGGGGAUGUUAGAUCUAGUCCUCGGUAAGGAAAUAUGGCAUCGUGCAAUGCAAAAGGGGAUUGGUAUCACAGUCCCCCAGCUUUAG